UUCUACACACACGGCAUCUAACAGGAAGAAAAACCAUUUCAAAGCCGUGAAUGAACAGCUCGGUUCGGCUCAUUCCACACUCAGACACGGACGUUUGGACGGACGCACAGCCACCAUGCUGAUUAAAGAGUUCCAGAUUGUCCUGCCCAUCUCAGUCGAGGAGUACCAAGUGGGGCAGCUGUACGCAGUAGCAGAAGCCAGCAAAAAUGAGACAGGAGGGGGAGAAGGUGUGGAGGUUCUUAAGAACGAGCCAUACGAGGAGAAUGGAGAGAAAGGGCAAUACACCCAUAAGGUCUACCACCUGCAAAGCAAAGUGCCGUCGUUCGUCCGCAUGAUCGCUCCAAAAGGUUCUCUUGAGGUCCACGAAAAGGCCUGGAAUGCAUAUCCCUACUGCCGUACAAUCCUUACAAACGUCUAUAUGAAAGAAAAGUUCAUGAUCAAGAUUGAGACGUGGCACAAGCCUGAUAUGGGCGAGCAAGUGAAUGUACAUAAAGUGGAGAAAUGGGAUGCAGUGGAAGUUGUUAAAAUUGACAUUGCAGAUAACAGCUGCAUCAGUGAAAAGGACUACAAAAAGGAAGAAGAUCCUGCCAUCUUUAAAUCAGAGAAGACAGGAAGAGGCCCUCUGAAAGCUGGGUGGCAGAAUGAGCUUGCCAACAACAAAGACUGUCCUCACAUGUGUGCCUACAAGUUAGUCACUGUUGAAUUCAAGUGGCUGGGACUACAAAACAAGAUGGAGAGCUUCAUUCAAAAAGUGGAAAAGCGUUUGUUUACCCACUUCCACAGGCAGCUGUUUUGCUGGAUUGACAAAUGGAUUGAGCUGUCGAUGGACGACAUACGGCGUAUGGAGGAGGAGACGAAGAAGGAACUAGAUCAGAUGAGGGAAAAUGAGGACGUCAAAGGAAUGGGUGCCUCUGAUGAAUGAUGUCAAAGCCACCCAUGUGAUACUGGAGGAGCUGACCUUGUCCAGCAAGCUUGCUCUGCACUCACCAGGCUGACUGGAACUACAGUGACUUCCUAGGCAUAAUCAAGAAUACCUCCCCCUUACAUCUUAAUAAAGAUUUGCUCUUAAUAAGAGCUCAUUAUUGCAAAGCACUCGUGCAUAUUUAUGUACUAUUAAAUUUGACUACGGCUGCUUUUAGUUUAGUUUUUUAUUUAAGAUGCAAGUUAAAAGGUCUGCUUUUUGGAUGAAAUGUUCUUGGGUAUGCCUAUUCCUAACAACUUUUAAAAUAUACUGGUGUGGGUUCUCUGGGCAUAAAGGAUUUGUUAAUCCUCUUGAUUUUGUAUUAUUUCUCUGAUUUAUUGUUUACUUUCCACAGUAAGGAAAACUUUUCUGUCAAUAUUUGUAAGUGUUGCUUUUUUUGUACUGUAAGUAACUAGAGGAAUCAGGAAUAUUCUUCCUGUGAUGUUUUCUAUGGCACUGAUGUUAUUUCCUAAUUUUGUCCAAAUUAUCAUUUGCUCCACUUUUUGUGCCUUCAAUCAUGCCAUGGUUGACUGAGACAAUAAAAACUUGAGGAUAGAUGUUUUUUUAUACACAUAAGGGUGUUUAAUAAUGAUGACCCUUUUAUGUGAUGGUCUGACUUUCAUGAGCUACCAGCACUAGAUACUUAAUAAUUAAGAUUAGGGUUUGAGUGUUAUGUCUCCAAGGAGCUGAAAUGGUUAAAGAUUUAAAAAAUAUUUUGUCAUUAUGAGUCUUGUCACAUGUCAAUUGCAAAUAUUCUAGAGUUUUAUGGGAUUUGUGCAUUGUAUUAAAGACAUUUUUCAUUGGCAACAUGUAGUUUGACAUUGAGUUCUGGAGGAAGCACAUUAAGAGGAGCAGACAAUCAUUCCCUGCUUGCAUGAAAAAAAGUUGAUUCAACAUUCAAGCAUAGUUACUGUAAUGGUCAAAAUAAAGAUGACUUUGAUUUAGCUUAUUUUUUUCUAUGAAUGAAAAAACAGGCUUUUGCACAAUUUCCACAAUGGAACAUUUAAGGAUACAACAUAAAUUUUUUGCAGCUGCAAAUGUACAUUGACAAUAAAAGCACAGUUGGAUAAU